UCCGAUCGGAUGCAACUUGCAUUGUCGGAGAUACAUUUACUCGUACUCUCCAGUAAGUUUCGACUCUUGAGACACGAUGUCAAAUCCGGAAUGCUAUGAAACGGGAGGGGAACCACGAGGCGGCGAUGAUCGUACACGAGAAGAACGAGAUUGGGGAGGAAGGGGAGACGACAGGGAGUGGGGCGAGUGGAGGAGGGGACCAGUAUGCUUCAAUUGCAACGAGGUUGGCCACUACGUUAACCAGUGAGAAGGAGGAAGCGAAACAGCGCGAGGAAGAAAGGCGCAUUCGUGAAGAAGAGGAACAGGCCAUACGGGAGGUUAAAGUUGCUAAGAAGCGUGAACGGAGGAGGCGGGAGGCAGAAGGCCGUGCGGAGCUGAAGAAGGACCUAGGUUUGCAAUUAGCUACGCAGGUCCACGAUAUGGAGGAUAAGUUCGUUCAACGCAUGAAAUGGGUGGUUGCCGAACUACAGAAAUUGCCGAGCGGCAAGGGUAAGGAAGUCCAGCAGUUCUCGGAUACGGAGGGUAGCAGUAGCGAGAGCGAAGCCAGCAUUACACAAGAAUUGAGUGAGAGGACGGCGGGGCUGGUGAUAUCCGAGAAAAGGAAGAGGGGACCUGAUAAGGUAGUGGGGGAUAGCCCCCCCUAUGGAGUCUCCAGCUAAGCGCACACCAGGAUUUCGGCGCAAGCAAGCUACCUUCACCGGGAAGCUGACGCGGGCUAGAACCAAGAUGGCCAAGUCUCCGGGAUCAACGAAACGCCGAACUCCUGUUCGGACACCUCUGUCCGCCACGAAGAAGCGCAUGCCACUAUUGACACCGGGUUUGGUGACACCGGACGCGAAAGGCUCUUUGGCUAGGUACAAGUACCGUAACCUGGUCAUGGUAGGCUUGAAGCAGUUAGACGCUAAUGAACUGCAACGUAUCUG